GCAGCAGCAGCAGCAGCCAGAGAUACAAUACCCAAUAACCAAUACCAAAUACCAAAUACUCGAUGCCCAAGGAAAAAACACAAUAAGACAAUCAGAAAGCAGAAAUCAACUACAGGCGAAAUGUGCGGAGAAACAAAAAGAAAAUUGAAGACGACGACACGAGCGUAAAUCUUUUUAGCAUGAAAAAAUUCUAUAAAACUAACAGGCACUGUGUGGUCGGACAUCAUUCGUGCGCUACGACGGCAGACGACAGCCGCAGAUACAGAUACCGGUGCGGAUACAGAUACAGAUACGGAGAUACAUAGAGAUACAGAUAGCCGGUCGGACGGACAGGCCCUGAUUGAUUGAUUGCCGAGCCCGGGCCCACUCCUGCCCAAAAACCGAAAAGGCGAUAGCCAAACCCAAACCAGACGCGAUUCGAAACUAAAAUCAAAGUGCUCUCCCUGCAGUCCAUCCAGUAUCUGCAGCAUCAUCGUCAGCCCAGACCCAGUCCCAGUCCCAGUCGCUGUGUCCAUAUCUAACAGCGGCCAGCAUCCGAGUCCCAGCGGACAACGUCCAGCGCACCAAGCCAUCAAUCAGUCACCGAGUCACCGCGUCAGUUAGUCAAUCGACUAGUCCACUCGCCUGCCGCCUCCGAUUCCGAAUCCGAAUCCAAUUCCAAUUCUGUGCUGGCUGGAGGAUAUCUUCGGUCGGCGCUUUAGUUUCAGUUCGCAUUUGGACGCGUGCUGUGCGGCCUCGCCGAAAGAGAGAGUCGGAUCGGAUCGGAACAGAACGGAACAGAAUUCUGUAUUCUGAUUUCUGAGUUCUCAGCUGCCAGUCCUCAGUUCGCAGCAGUCACUUGACAAUACUAUAUACUCUGAAUCAGAAGCGUGCGCGAAUUAAUCUAAAACCGCAGAAAGAACCAAAACACUGGCCCACACACGUGUCUGAAGUUCAGUGACAAGCCCCAAAUCAGGCGUCCAUAUUCCAUCGAAUAUAUAUAACUCGUGAAAUCGUAAAACACUUUUAAUCAGCCAGAAACCCAGCGCAGGCACGGCAUAAUUAAUUCGUCUGACCCGCAAAGUUCGCCGAGCAAAUACGGUUGUGCAAAGUGUGCUCCCCAUCUAUAAAGUGCGAAAACCUCCCCGGCCAAUCGGAAAACUAACUAUUAGCAACAUGAAGCUGUCUGCAGUAUUCCUGGCGUUGGCGCUGUUCGCCCUCUCGCUGGUCCAGUGCCUCGGCCUGCCCGAUCCCAGCACCAAGUGCGUCAUGGAGUGCGACACGCAGGAGUACGCCUUUAUUUGUGCCGCGGACGACAAGGGCUCCACGAAGUCCUACCGCAAUCUGUGCGUGAUGAAGACGGAGAACUGCCUGCAGAACGCAAACUAUCAAAAGAUCAGCGACAAGGAGUGUCCGUAGAGCUAUGGACCCAUUGGUCUGUAGUCCAGCAGAAAUAACUUAAUCGUGGAGGAGAACGAGUGGACGCGGCUUGGCAUUCCGGAGGACUCUUCUUUCUCGCGUGGUAUUUGUGUGUGAUAUUUUUAAGUUGUACUUCAGCGGAAUACAGAACACGCCCCCGAACGUAAUGCAUAAUGAUAAUGUAUUCUAAAAUUAUGAGUAAUAAAUAUUAAAUAAAGUAAUCGUAACACGCAAA